GGUUGAUUGACCGCCUAGGUACCUACUAAGGUAGGUAGGCAGGUACGGGUACUUAUCGCGUAUCUAGGUACCUAUCCAGGUAGUUACCAAUUUAUAAAUAUUUACUUCUAGAUUAACAAUUGAUACCUACAUAUUUAUCAUCAUUAAUUAAUAGACCUCUCGCAAUGUUACCUCCGAUAGAUGAGGCCGUAUUCAAUAACAACCCUGACUUCGAGCGUCUGUACAAGACCGUAACCGGUUCUCUUCUCAACACAGAUGGAUCUUCGAAGAGUAAUGACUCAGCAUCUAAGAAACGAGAUACUGUGCGUGAUGAGCUUAGGAAACAUCGCCUCAAGGCAACGAAGCAACACCUUCUCCGUCGCGCAAUAAUAGCAGCUACCACCUCACCUAAGCAGCAACAGCAACAGCAACAACAACAACUUCCACAACAAUCGCAGCAUAGACGAACGAGAUCAAUGCAACAAACACAACAAUCUCGAACAUCCUCCUUAGCCUCGGCUCCAACCCCCGAAAUCCUCGACCUACUCCUCCUACUCUCCCCCUUAAUCUCCAAUGCAAGCAACAUGCCGGCCUCCUCUCUAACCCUCCUCCUCUCCCGGCCACCUUUCUCCAACAUAAACACCCACUUCCCAGCCCUCGUAACAACUCUAUCCGGCACACUAUCCCGGCAAGCCGGCACCCUAGCGCGCGUGCUCAACCCGCAUACCAACCCAUCUUACGUCCAUCGCUCGGUCCCCACCCUCGCAACCAGCACGACCGCUCUCCAAAUCAGCUUAUCCAACUCUUCCCACGCCCUCUCCCGUUCCCGCCAGCGCGCGACCCAUGACCUGACAAGGCACCUCUCGCGACACACGCAGGUCCUAGCGGCGCUAAUCCGCAUCCUGGAAUCCAAGCAUGGGCCCUCCGCGCGGUCCGCCGAGCUGCGUGCCGCAGACGCGGGGCUCGAGACUCAGACCUGGGCCCUCGCCGCCGAAGCCCUGCUCUGGGAUGUCCGGAGGGCUGUAUACCCGCCCGAGGCGCGACGCGCCUUGACAAACUACCGCCGACACUUGGGCGAUGCGCGGAUGCGCCUGACGGAUGCGAUACGGGUGCGCGAGGCCGAGCUAGAAGACUACGGUGUGGCCGUGAUCGAGGGAUACGAAGGAGACGAGAACAAGGAGCGGACCAUGCGCGAGAUGGCUAGAGUAUGGCGGGAGAUGGAGUCGCGGCUCGAUGAAGUCAGGGGGGAUCUUGACAGAUUAGGAUAGGAGGCAUACCCGAGCCCUUUACACUGGUGAAUUCGAAAUAGUGUCAAUAUCAACGAGACGAAUGCGUACGUACAAACUUAAAUGCGAUUAUAGUGAUCCUGGAAAUAAAUUUUAUUCGCCUAUCUAGAGGUAGCGUUGGUAUCACAAGUAUUGGUUGCCCAGCAUAUAUCGGCAGGACAAGCUAAGCGGAUGCAAAAUGUGGAGAAAGGGGUAGUAAAACAGCAGUGAUG